CCGCAGGUGCUGAAAAUGAACCUGCCGACUCUCUACCUGCUGGGAUUGGUCCUGGGGAGCGGGCAAGCACUUCUACAAGUGUCAAUUUCCCUCAGUAAAGCAGAAGUCAGUGUGGGUGUAUCCAAAUUCUUCACAUGUACAGUGAUUGGUGAAGCUGAGAGUAUAGAUUGGUAUAAUCCUCAAGGAGAAAAGAUUGUUUCCAGUCAAAGAAUAGUGGUUCAGAAAGAAGGUGUUAGAUCACGGCUAACCAUUUACAACGCAAAUGUGGAAGAUGCUGGAAUAUACAGGUGUCAAGCUACAGAUUCUAGAGGACAAACGCAAGAAGCCACUGUUGUUUUGGAAAUUUUCCAAAAGCUUACAUUCCAAGAUAUCUCAUCGCCACAAGAAUUUGUUCAGGGAGAAGAUGCACAAGUCAUUUGUCGAGUUACUAGUUCACCUGCACCCAUUGUCAGCUGGUUGUAUCAAAAUGAGGAAGUCUCAAAUAUUGCUGACAAUAGAUUUGCUGUGUUACCCAACAAUAAUCUUCAGAUCUUUAAAAUCAACAAAAGUCAUGAAGGAGUUUAUAGAUGUGAAGGAAGAGUUGAAGCCAGAGGAGAAAUUGACUUCCGUGAUAUCAUUGUCAUUGUGAAUGUUCCUCCAGCUAUUACAUUGCUGCAGAAGUCAUUUAAUGCCACAGCAGAUCGAGGAGAGGCAGUUACUUUAUUCUGUAGAGCCAGUGGUUCACCUGAACCUGAAAUCAGCUGGUAUAGAAAAGGAAAACGUAUUGAAGAAAAUGACAAAUAUACAUUGAGAGGAAGCAACACAGGACUAACCAUCAGAGAUAUCAAAAACAUUGAUGCUGGUCCUUAUAACUGUGAAGCAAAAAAUAAAGCAGGAAAGGUGACAAAUCAGACAUUCCUUCAAGUUUUUGUACAGCCUCAAAUAAUACAACUCAAAAAUGAAACCACCUUUGAAAAUGGUCAAGCAACUCUCAUCUGUGAGGCAGAAGGAGAACCUGCCCCUGAAAUUACUUGGAAAAGAGCCAUUGAUGGAAUAACGUUCUCUGAAGGUGAUAAGAGCCCAGAUGGCCGUAUAGAAGUCAAAGGGCAGCAUGGAAGGUCGUCACUGCACAUUAAAGAUGUGAAGUUGUCAGAUUCAGGGAGAUAUGACUGUGAAGCUGCAAGUAGAAUUGGUGGGCAUCAAAAGAGCAUGUACCUUGAUAUUGAAUAUGCUCCAAUCUUUGUGUCAAAUCAAACAACAUAUUAUUCAUGGGAAGGAAAUCCCAUCAAUAUAAGCUGUGAUGUUAUAUCUAAUCCAUCAGCUUCUAUUCAGUGGAGACGGGGAAAAUUGGUUUUACCUGGACGAGAUUCAACUCAUUUAAAGAUUCACAAUGCUGGAAACAAACUGUUAUUAGAGAUUGCUCCCACAUCUGACAAUGACUUUGGGCGGUACAACUGCACAGCCACAAACCGAAUAGGAACACGAUCUCAAGAAUAUAUACUAGACUUAGCUGAUGUACCAUCUAGUCCACAUGGAGUGAAAAUUAUAGAAGUAUCGCAGACAACUGCUGAAGUCUCUUUCAACAGACCAGAUUCACAUGGAGGUGUUCCUAUUCAUCAUUACCAAGUAGAUGUGAAAGAAAUCACUUCAGAAACAUGGAAGGUUGUGCUUUCCCAUGGAGAUCAGACAAUGGUUAUUCUCAACAACCUGGAACCAAACACAACAUAUGAAAUCAAGGUUUCUGCUGUAAAUGGAAAAGGGCAAGGAGAAUAUAGCAAAACUGAAGCAUUUCAGACUUUACCAGUUCGUGAGCCCAGCCCCCCGACUAUUCAUGGACAAGCAGGCAUUGGGAAGAGCUAUAAACUUAUCAUAACAAAACAAGAUGAUGGAGGAGCUCCUAUUUUGGAAUACAUUGUAAAAUACAGAAGCAAAGACAAGGAAGAUCAGUGGCAAGAGAACAGGGUUCAUGGUAAUAAAGACCACAUUAUUCUAGAGCCUUUGCAGUGGACAGUGGGUUAUGAAGUGCAAAUUACUGCUGCCAACAGGCUGGGAUAUUCAGAACCAACAAUAUAUGAGUUUACCAUGCCACCAAAGCCUAAUAUUAUUACAGACACACUAUUUCAUGGGCUUGGACUUGGUGCGGUCAUUGGACUGGGUGUAGCGGCACUUUUAUUAAUCCUGGUUGUCACUGAUGUCAGCUGCUUCUUUGUACGGCAAUGUGGAUUGCUAAUGUGCAUUACCAGAAGGAUCUGUGGGAAGAAAAAUGGCUCCAGUGGGAAGAGUAAAGAGCUAGAAGAGGGAAAGGCUGCAUAUCUGAAAGAUGGAUCAAAAGAACCAAUCGUUGAAAUGAGAACAGAGGAUGAAAGAAUUACCAACCAUGAAGAUGGAAGCCCAGUAAAUGAACCCAAUGAAACAACACCAUUAACAGAACCAGAAAAACUGCCAUUAAAGGAAGAAAAUGGAAAAGAAGUUUUAAAUUCAGAUACUAUAGAAAUCAAAGUUUCUAAUGACAUCAUCCAGUCAAAAGAAGAUGAUAGCAAAGCAUAAUACAACAACUACAGCUGUCUAAAGGGGAAAAGAAGAAUUUGGAUUUGACUAAAUCUGUGACCAAAACUUUACAGCUGACUUUAGUUUCUUGGGCAACUUAAAAUGGAAGAAUGCAAAGAACUAAAUCAAGCUACUCCUGCCGACUGUCUAUUUUUUCUUUUAUUUCUGUAGUUUUAGUCUGUAGUCCUGGCUGACAUCAGUCCCAUGGUCUCAGUUUGGCAAUUUGGUCAAUAUAAAUAGUGUAAUUUAUUUUAUUGAUAAAGAGAUCUAUUUAUAAAACAUCAAGAUACCCCUUAGCCACAGACUUUACAUAAGACAGCUGCACCUCUUAUAAAGGAAAUUAAACCCAUGAGAGAAAGUGCCAUAUACAUUUAUAUUUGUUUGUAUUUGCAAUUUUGAAAGAUUUUGGUUGCCUUUAAAAGAAAUAUAUAUAUAUAUAUAAAAUAUAUAUAUUAUAUAUAAUAUAUCAGUCUCCAUUAGAAAUUAGACUAUGUGGCUGGCAAAGGCUAAAUAAUGACCUUGGCUGCAGUUGAGACAAGACUAGACGGAACUUCUGCAUGGUAAUAGCCCUGCACUUUCACACUGGCUCUUAAAUAUAAUGAAUGGUACAUAGGUUUGAUGUACAGGUUUUAACAAAGUGGUGAACUAUUUUGAUGAAGAUGUUGAUCACAACCUAAUUAUCAAAGUCCACAAAAUUUCAGUGCUUUCAGAUAUUUUGUAUUUAUGUUUGGAG